UGCCCCUGUUGAUGUUAUCUUUGUGUGCAUCUCGACUUCGCGGGGUAAUUCGUGCUUCUUACGAUUAGAAAACUUAUCGUAUCGGAGCCAAUGAUGCGCACAGAUGGAGAUACGUCACGCCCUUCCGGCCAACAACAAAGACCGUUACUUGUUUCCAACAUUAUUCAACAGCGCGCCACAGAGUCAUCCAGUCUUUUAUAGUUGGACCUGAUUACUAUAUAGAACGAUCUCUGUCUGUUUUAUUUGUUCUAUAAUACAGUGUUCUCAUGUCUGGGUCAUUGCCUCUGGUUGAGGUCGACUCGCUCGAGGCGGUGGUCAUCAUCGACAAUGAAUUGGAUCCGAUGUCUCCUGUUCCGCCAGAUACUGUUCAGGUAACGGGUCUAAUGCAGCAUUUGGCAACAAGGUCUCCUCAUAAACUACAUGACCGUGGCGAUGCGUCAAGGGAGAUACGCAUGGAAGACAUUUGUUGCUCGGCACAUGGCUUGUCUAUCCUAGUGACCGCUACAAGGGGGGAUGUGAAGCACUCUUUACUUUUCGACUUGGGCCCGGAGGAAGCGGCAUUCGAGAGAAAUGCAAAGAGAUUGCGAGUAGACCUAUCAUCUGUCGAGGUGAUCCAGUUAUCACAUUGGCAUCGGGAUCAUUCAGGUGGUAUGCUUAAAGCCAUUCAAAUGAUCAGAGAAGCCAAGAAAGAGAAAGAGCUUUCUGAUACGAGCGUGGUUGUCGAUCUUCAUCCAUCGCGACCAGACUAUCGUGGUAUAGGGAUCGGCGACAAUAUCAUCUCAUUAGAGGCUGAUCCCACAUUUGAAGAGAUCGAAAAAGCUGGGGCCACUGUUAACAAGCACAGCGAGGCCCAUACCGUCCUAGAUGACAUGUUUUUGAUCUCUGGUGAAAUACCGCGGGUCACACCGUAUGAGCAUGGCCUGAAGGGAGCAAUGCGCUUCGACAAGGAAGAUGGAGACUGGUUUUCUGAUGAGAUGAUAGCGGAUGAGAGAUUCCUGAUGUGUAACUUGAAAGGCAAAGGAAUUGUCAUGUUCACUGGCUGUAGCCAUGCCGGAGUAGUAAAUUCUUCCAAACAUGCACUCUCGCUUCUCAAUGGCUCUACGCCACUACACGCUGUUGUCGGUGGGUUUCAUCUAGCCACGAGCGAGGAGUCACAUAUGGAGAGUGCAGUGAAUGAUCUCAGGAAGCUCGAUCCUGCUGUUCUCCUGCCUGGGCACUGCACUGGUUGGAGAGCCAAAUUCAUCAUUGAAACGCAGAUGCCUGGUAGACUAGUCCCAUGUACUGUAGGCAUAAAAAUCAAAUUUUGAUUUAAUCUUGCGCAAUACGAGAUAGAGGGUAUCCGCAGAGGUUUCAGAUGUCCUCGGGG